AUGACCAAUCCAAAAACCGAGACAAGAACAGGGUGUAUGGCAAGUAUGAAAGUUAAACGAUUCAAUGAGAAAUAUAAAGUGAUUGAAUAUUUUGAUGAUCAGAAUCACCCACUCCAUCCACCAGAAACCGUGCAUAUGUUAGCUUCUCAACAAAGAAUAACUGAAAAUCAAGCAUAUGAACUUGAAGUGGCAGAAGAUGCAGGGAUUCAACAAAAAGCCUCGUUUGAUUUGAUGAGUAAAUAUGUAGGAGGUACAGAGAAUCUAGGGUAUACCAGGCAAGAUGCAAAGAAUUAUUUGAAUUCUAAGAGGCGGCAAGAUAUGGCUUAUGGUGAAGCUGGGUGUUUGCUACAAUAUUUCCAACAACAACUCAUAGAUAAUCCCUCAUUUUUCCAUGCAUACCAAAUUGAUUCAGAAGAGCAAAUAACAAAUAUCUUAUGGGCCAAUGCAAGAAUGUUAUUUGACUAUCAAUGCUUUGGUGAUGUGAUUUCUUUGGAUACCACUUAUUGUACAAAUGGAGAUCAUCGUCCCCUUGCAAUUUUCUUGGGCUUUAACCAUUACAGAUGA